GAGAAACGCAUUACGCACACCGCGCGGUCUCGACUCAGUGCUGUGCUCUUGCCUCUUUCGAUUUUUCGUAAACAAGUAACAAUAAUAGUUUUUAAAAAAAGGUUCUAGUUGGCAAUUUUUGAAAAUGAAGAGCUUAUUGUCGUUAAGGAAAGUUGGAAACCGACUGUCAGCAAAUUUUGACGCUGUUUGCAAUGUUUUUUUCGGGCAAAUGCCUCCACCCGCAAUAUCGUUUGUAAGUUUGACGGAAGUGCCAAAAGCGACUUGCCGAAAAUGGUUUGACGUUAACGAAAUGUUCAAAGAUUCUAUAUUGUGGGCUGUACCGAAGCACAGGCGAACCAUUGAAAAAAGAUUAAAACGAAAAUUUGGAUGUAUCCAUGAUUUUUACAAAAUGCUAAUGCCUCGAACGGACUUACUGACUUGUAAUCAUUGUGGGCAUAACUAUCAACGACGCCAUUUAUGUCCAAAUUGUUACAAGAAAGUUAAAGAUGAAACAACUCAUAUGCAAGAAGCUAUUGAAAAAGAAUUAGGAUUGGAACCAGUUCAACAAGAGGUUAUUGUCUUAUAUAAAGGAGAGAGAACAAAACAAGCUGAAGAAUUUUGGAAGGGUAAAAGAAUUAUUGAGCUAAAAAGAGAGAAACCGUCUUGGUUCAGUAAGAAUUUAUUACAAAGAACUACGAUUGGAAAUUCAGAUUCUACUGAUGUUAAACCUUCGGAAUUAGCUUAGUUUGUUGAAAUCAAAUUAACAAUUUAGUUUUAUAGUACAUUUUUUUCUUUAUUUGUGAUGAAACUUUGUAUAGAAAUAUAUAUAUAAAAAAUAUAAAUAGGUAUUUACAUAAU